CUCGGUACGUUAGCAUUUGGUUACAAACGAAUUGCUCAAGAUAAUCGAACUAUUUUAAACUCGAUUCGAACACAUGAAAUACAACCGAUCGAAAUAAUUGCCUUUCUGUAUUUAUUGAGAAAAUGUCUAAUUUCAAACGCGUUAAAUCGUGAUUUCUGUUAAAUACCACGUGUGCUUGUUUGUAUUGAAUGAGGCGCGCUCCCGUCAAUCUGCUCGUGCCCGCGCUGUGCAGAAGAAACGCGAGGCACACUUUUGCUGAAUUAGUUUGUUUGACUAUUACUUUAAAGUAAUUGUGCAGAAUUAAAGCCAAAAACAGCGUGAAGCAGCGAGACACAAGUUUGCAAUGAGAGCCGGACAUGCAUGCUCAAAAAUGCUGUCUAGCUCGGGCACUCAGUAGAUUGUGUGAUGCAGCCAGUGUUUGUUGAAUCAGGAGGAUGAUCUGAUUGGAGCGGAUGGAGUGUUCCUACAGAAGCCGCAUGAACCAGCAUCGCUCCAGAGACACUAGAGCUCGUGGUGUGUUGGCCGGCCGAUCCGUAAUGAAGAAAAAGAGCUCUCACAAGCACAAACACAUGCAUCACAGCAGCCCUGCUGCGUCUCUCAGUGAAAGCAUCGUGGGCUGUCGAAUACAACACAAAUGGAAGGAAGACGGCUACAGUCCGGUGUCUCUGUGGACGGGGACGGUACUAGUCCAAGUGUCUGUCAACUCGUCUCUCUACCUCAUCAAGUAUGAUGGAGUGGACUGUGUUUAUGGCCUGGAGAUCUUCAAAGAUCAGAGGGUUCAGAAUCUGGAGGUUUUCCCCGGGGAAAUCGCCUCGUUUCGGGUCAGUGACACUCGACUGGCGGAUCAGCUGCUGGGAAGGCCGGUGAUUCAUCUGUUUGAGACGGAUGACGGCUCCAAGGAUGAGUGGAGGGGUUUGGUGCUCUCCAGGGCUCCCAGCAUGCCUGCGUGGUUCUUCAUAACAUAUGAGAAGGAUCCAAUGCUGUACAUGUACCAGCUGAUGCAGGAUUAUAAAGACGGGGACCUUCGGAUACUUCCGGAUUCAGAUGAUCCGGCGGAGCUCGGAGAGCCGGGUGAAGUGAGCGACACGCUGGUUGGGAAGCAGGUGGAGUGUGAGAAUAAGGACGGCACGCAGAGGAUGGGCACCAUCAUCCAGCAGGUUCAGGCCAAACCCUCCGUUUACUUCAUCAAGUUUGAAGACGACUAUCACAUCUACGUCUAUGACAUGGUUGGAUCGUAGGCUUCCGCUCAGACCUUUUCACUGGAACAAAAUCUGUGUUUCCAGCCGGUUUCUCUUUUGUCAUUAAUAACCGUACGUUAUAUAGAAAGCUUCUCUGAUGCGAUCGAGAUUUUGAUGUGCCUGGUUUGUUUUCUCUCUUCAACUGCUGUAUGCCAAACACAGAAUAAAACGAACCUGUUUUGUUGGUUCUCUUGAGCUUCUGUCCUUAGCCACAAAUGUAUAUUUUUACACUGCGAGUUCAGUUCAAGUGUCUUUUUGGUUGUUUGCUGUUCAAGAGUUUCAUCUCUGUUUGCUUGUGUUGUAAAUAGUGCCUUUCUCUCUUCUGAGAUCUUUCUGACUAACUGUAUUAAUUAAAAACACUUAUCUUUAAGUGCUAUGUCCUUCUGCGUAUCAAUGUGUUCAUCCUUUCUAUGUUUGUCUCCAUUAAAGAUGAACAAGUUAAAAAAAAAAACAGUUUGACGGAACUAAUUUAUUUGCACUGAAAUAAACA